AUGCUCUUCAGUCAUGGAGCUGCUCUCCUAAGCAUGAGGGGGAUCACGCUUUCCUCCCUCUGCUUACUGAUGCACCUGAUUCAGGAUGAGAUAACCACUAUUUUAGUUGUGGAAAAUCAGGACCUGCAAGAUUUGAUUAAGCCACAGAAGGUGGAGUUUCGCUCAUUAAACUUCAAGAGCACUUUGCAUUGGCAGCCUGGAAGGGCCAGAGAGACAAGAGACACAGUCUACUUCGUGCAGUAUAAAACGUAUGGGCAGAGCACGUGGCAAAACAAAGACGACUGCUGGGGGAUUCAAAGCCACAUCUGUGACCUAACAAAUGAGACCUCUGACAUCCGAGAGCCUUACUAUGGCAGAGUGAAAGCUGCCUCAGCUGACGUCUAUUCCGACUGGACCCUCAGCUGCAGAUUCACUCCCUGGCGAGAGA